GGGCGAGGUAUUGUGGACGCCCAAUUGGUCGCCUAGCCUUUUCCUCCAUGGGUGACUGAGGCUUCAGUUUAGCGUCUGUUUGGCAUCUAUUUGGCGUCGAUCUGAGAUUUGAAUUGCAAGGAAUAUCGAAAGUCCAUAGGAAUUGUCCGGCUCUACGAUUUAGAUCGUGAGGUUGUAAUAUCUAUUGGAUCGUGAUCGACGGAGAUCCCUUAGGGAAAUUACUCAUGUCAGAGAAAGGAGAAUCAAAUGGAGUUCAAUCGACGGUGCAAAACCUUGGAUCAACCUUGGCAGAGGAUGGCUCGCCACCGUACAGCGAUAUGAUGCCGCCGGCUUCCUCUCCGCCGCACUCUUACCAGGUAUCCGCCGGGUACGGCGGUGGAGAUGCGCCGCUGACGGAUUCAGUUCCCCCCGAUCUCAAACCUAGCGGAACCGAGCCGGGUAAGAAAAAGCGAGGAAGGCCACGGAAGUACGCUCCCGACGGGACUGCACUCCAUGGCGUAAUGUCUCCGCCGCCUCUUUCUGUGAGUUCCACAGGUGGAUCCUUGUCCCCAACUGGGACGCACGCGGCGGAUAUGGCUUCGUCUCCUAAGAAGAAGUCGAGGGGCAGGCCUUCUGGUUCUGGGCGAAAGAACCAAAUGGCCGGAGCUUAUUUAGGAUCAGCAGGAGCUGGGUAUGGUUUUAAACCACAUGUCAUCACAAUAAAAGCUGGGGAGGAUGUACAUGGAAAACUAAUGUCAUUUUCUCAAAAUGCGUCACAAGCGGUCUGUGUUAUGUCAGCAAGUGGUGCCAUAUCUAAUGUAACACUCCGUCAACCAGCAACAACUCGUGGGUCUGUGACAUAUGAGGGACGGUUUGAAAUCCUGUCUCUUUCUGGCUCCUUCCUAUUCUCUGAAGCAGGUGGUGAACGCACAGGCAGGUUGAGUGUUUCUCUAGCAGGGCCAGACGGUAAUGUUAUAGGCGGCGGUGUUGCUGGUCUUCUGAUUGCAGCAGCUCCUGUUCAGGUUAUUGUGGGGUGUUUCAGCGUGGGUGAGGUUGAACAGGUAGAGAAGCCAGGCCAUCCUGAAGGGCAUAUCACUCCGCCUUCUCCGGGCGCGCUGCUCGUCUCGGGAGCCAAAAGCCCGCCUUCCUUUGGGUCAUUAAGCGCAUCCAGCGGCGGCGGUGGCGGAGGAGGCCCUGCCAGCCCUCCGCCUCUUAACCAGCACCACCCCGAACCUUCAACGAGCAGUCCUCCUGGAGUUGCAAGCUUCCCGUGGAGGUAGUACUAGACAGAAGCUUUUGGAAGGAAACAUCAAAGUCUCAGAACUCUUUUUUCGAAAGAGUUGCAGACGUACAAAUUUGAGCAAAGACUGGAUGUGGGCCAGCCAGACAUUUAACUACUUCCUGUUUUGGUCAGUAUCAAAUGGGGGGAAUCGUUGUUUUGACAUUGAAAUUCAAUGCCAUAUUAAGAAUUUCGUUGAGCCCGGAAGUGAUUUCCCUUGCCCUCCCUUGCUCCCACCUCGGCCUCUUACAUUUUGCCAAUUGGCAAGAGUAAAGGAUGUUUGGGAGGAGUAACCAUUUUGGGCCCAGAGAACACCACUGUUCCGUUCGUGGUAUCCACUCGUUAUGGGCCAGAAUGAGAGUUAUGGGCUUAUCCAGAGCUGAACAAAAUCCAGAAAACAAAUGAGUGGGCCCCCACAAGGGAGGAGGAACAUGUGACCUUUUGGAAAGGGAGGAGAGGUGAACUUUCUAAUUUUCCAUGCUCAUUCCAAGUUACUUGUUGCUCAAGAUUUCAGUUGAGUUUCGAGCAAGGAAAUCUUAUUAAGCUUGCAGAGAUUCUGGUGUCACUUGAUAAACCUUACGGAUGAUAUACGCGAGGGCCUAAAUGAUAAGCCUAAAUGAUAAGUUAGAACUUUGACGCUUUUUCUUGGAGACCAAGGAUUUCAAACUCAAUAGUACCAAUACUGAAUACAUGGAAUGUCGUUUUAGUGGCCGGGAGAUGGAGUCAAGGGUGAAAGUGAGGCUUGACUCUCACCUAGUGCCCAAAGUUAACAAGUUUCGAAAUCUUGGCUCGGUAAUUCAUGCAGAUGGAGAGUUAGACCGGGAUGUUGUGCACUGUAUUGGAGAAGCUUGGGCUAAGUGGAGGUUGACUUCAAGAGUGUUGUGCGGGCAAGAAGAUUUAACCUAGGAAGAAAGCUAAGUUCUACAGGGCUGUAGUCAGACUAAUAAUGCUUUAUGGGGUAGAGUGUUGGGUGGUUAAAAAAAUUCACGUGCAGCUUCUGCAGGAUCUGGAUGUUGCACUAGUUGUGUGGGCAAACGAGGCUGGAUACAAUUGUAAGCAGUUUAAGAUUGCCAUUAUGAAAUCUCAGAUGAAUCCUAUUGGUAAGGGUUGUUUGUCAAAAUUAAGUGCGGGUUUGACGGAGUUCAAGAAAUUGGGACUAAAUGA